AUGACUCGCGGAGAUCCUGUUUGUCGGAGGGAGGAUUGUUCUCCCUUCGACAUUGGCCUAGUUUUCGACGAGAUCCACAACUACUCGCCGCAUCAGAAGCUGGAGUUCGUCGAAAACGUGUGGAAACCAGGUGAGCUUUUUGAUUUCCCCGUGUCAAUGGAAAAUGGAAAAUGUCGUAAGUUUGUCUCGGGCUGGCUGAAAAGAUUUCCAUGGCUAGCUUACUCCAAAUAUUUCGAUGGAGCAUUUUGUUUAGCUUGUGUUUGUUUUGGAGUUCAGUGUGGGCGAAACGCUAAUAAGUUAGACAAAUUAUUGAAGUCUCCUCUCACAAAUUGGACUUCGGCCGCUUCUCGCUUAACCAAACACUCGUUAGGAAAUUGUGAAAUUCACAAUUUUUCUAUGACUGCUAUGAAUGAUUUCAAGAGAAUGAUGCAAAGAGGAGCUGUCCCAAUUGACCAGCAGUUAAAUAACAUAGUUCAACAGCAAAUCGCGAGAAAUCGGGAGAUUCUAAAGUCCCUUUUCAAAACUAUUAUUUUCUGUGGGAAAACAACAUCCCACUCAGGGGCGGAGAGAUGA